GCGGGGCGGCGCGGCCGGGCCGGGCAGGAAGAUGGCGAACGUGCAGCUGGAGUUCCAGGCCAGCGCGGGCGAGGCGGACCCGCAGAGCCGCCCGCUGCUCGUGCUGGGGCAGCUGCACAACCUGCACCGCCUGCCCUGGGCGCAGCUGCGGGGGAAGCUGCAGCCGCGGGUCACCGAGGAGGUCUGGCAGUCUGCUCUGAGCACUCUGAAUCCCAACCCCACGGACAGCUGUCCCCUGUACCUGAACUAUGCCACGGUGGCCGCGCUGCCGUCCAGGGUCAGCCGGCACAACAGCCCGUCCGCAGCGCAGUUCAUCACCCGCCUGGUCAGGAACUGCCUGCCAGGAGGAGUCAACAGAUGCAUUGUUAUGGUGUGUGAGCGUUCUGAAGUCUUCGCCUCCGCGUGUGCCCUGGCCAGGGCCUUCCCCCUGUUCACACACCGCUCCAGCGCCUCCAGACGCACYGAGAAGAAAACUGUGACUGUGGAGUUUUUUCUGGUUGGCCAAAACAACGGACCUAUAGAAGUGGCAACACUUAAAUGCCUGGCCAGUGCCACCGAAGGGGUCCGGCUGGCUGCGCGCAUCGUGGACACGCCCUGCAAUGAGAUGAACACYGAUACCUUCCUGGAGGAAAUCAAAAAAGUUGGCAAGGAUCUUGGGAUUACUCCUACCRUUAUCCGGGAUGAGGAGCUGAAAGAGAGAGGCUUUGGAGGUAUCUACGGAGUUGGAAAGGCAGCUCUGCAUCCUCCAGCCCUGGCAGUUCUCAGUCACACUCCAGAUGGUGCAACACAAACCAUUGCCUGGGUGGGCAAAGGCAUUGUGUAUGACACUGGAGGCCUCAGCAUUAAGGGAAAGACUACUAUGCCUGGAAUGAAACGGGACUGUGGUGGAGCAGCUGCUAUUUUGGGUGCCUUCAAAGCCACUGUAAAGCAAGGGUUUAAGGACAAUCUUCAUGCUGUUUUUUGUCUGGCCGAGAACGCAGUGGGACCAUGUGCAACAAGACCUGAUGACAUUCAUGUUCUUUACUCUGGAAAAACUGUGGAAAUCAAUAACACUGAUGCAGAAGGUCGCCUGAUCCUGGCUGAUGGAGUCGCUUACGCCUGCAAAGACCUUGGGGCUGAUAUCAUUCUGGAUAUGGCCACUCUUACUGGAGCUCAGGGAAUUGCUACAGGAAAAUACCAUGCUGCUGUCCUUACCAAUAAYGAAGAGUGGGAGAAGGCUUGUGUUAAAGCUGGCAGGAACUGUGGAGACUUGGUCCAUCCUCUGGUGUACUGCCCUGAGCUCCACUUCAGUGAAUUUACCUCUGCUGUAGCUGAYAUGAAGAACUCUGUAGCAGACCGAGACAACACCCCAAGCUCCUGUGCUGGGCUCUUCAUUGCCUCUCACAUUGGCUUCGACUGGCCUGGGGUGUGGGUGCACAUAGACAUCGCUGCUCCUGUGCAUGCUGGUGAACGAGCUACUGGCUACGGCGUGGCUUUGUUGCUGUCCCUGUUUGGAGGGGCCUCUGAAGAUCCUCUGCUCAACCUGGUGUCUCCUCUGGGCUGUGAUGGAAACUCUCCCACCGAGGAGAUGGAGAGGGACUCCAAGAGACGGCGCCUGGUUUGACACAGCCCCUGCCAGCCCGUGGGGUUACCUCACUUUGCACUGAUCUGUUCUCAAGCAAUGAAAAUGUCACACGUCAGAAAUUGCCAUUUCUUUUUUUUUUUUUUUUUUUUUUUUUU